UGCCCCUCCUUUGAUCACAGGGCCGUGUUAACAUGCCAGAUGUAACAGCUGAGACAGUAUUUGAUGUGCUCCAUGACACCGAAUACCGGAAGAAGUGGGACUUGAAUGUUAUAGAAACCCAUGAAAUUGCCCGGCUCUCUGACAACGCUGAUGUGGGAUACUAUUCCUGGAAGUGCCCCAAACCUUUAAAGAAUAGAGAUGUCGUCACCUUGAGGUCCUGGCGAGUUUUGGAUAAGUCAUAUGUAAUCCUCAAUUUCUCUGUCAAGCACCAGAAAUACCCUCCACGCAAGGACCUGGUAAGAGCUGUGUCUCUCUUAGCUGGAUACUUGGUGCAACCAACUGGACCCAGCAGCUGUUGCUUGACUUAUUUGGCCCAGGUAGACCCAAAAGGAUCGCUGCCUAAGUGGGUUGUGAAUAAAGCUUCUCAGUACCUGGCACCAAAGCUUAUGAAGAAGAUGUACAAAGCCUGCUUGAAGUACCCCUCCUGGAAACAGGAACACAACGCAGGCAAAAAACCUUGGUUGCAUCCUGACCAAAGUGUGCUUCCCACAAUGCCCCUGUCCGAAUUGUCACUCCAACAUGCCUCCUCGCUGGAGAACAUCGAUGAGAGCGGAUUAAUGGAAAGCAAGGAAGAGAAGGGGGACACCAGCGGUUCAGAGAACUGAUGCCAGUUUGACUUUUCCUCACUUUUGGAGGCUUGCACUCGCUGGCCAGCUGACUCACCCAGUUGGUUUUAGAAUAAAGGAUCAAAAAAAUAAAUAAAAUCAGAUGCAUUUC